AUGGCUGCUACCGCUUCCGCGGUCAGAGUUUCCUGGGAUGCUGGCUACGAUAAAGCAGACCGUUCCCUAACUGAAGUUGCCUGCUCUGGUGGAAAGAGAGGGCUGAUGCCCACGUACCAGAAGCAGGGGGAUCUGCCCAACUUCCCCAGCAUUGGCGGCGCCGCUGCCAUUGGCGCCUGGGGCUCGAACGACUGUGGAAGUUGCUGGAAGUUGGACUAUGACGGACUCAGCAUCAAGGUUCUCGCUAUUGACCAUGCUGGCGACGGGUUCAACAUUGGUCAGGCUGCUAUGAAUGCUCUUACGAACGGACGGGCCGUUGAGUUUGGUCACGUUGAUGCUACCGCCACGCCACUGACACCCCAGGAAUGUGGAUUGUAA